UUCGUUACAAUUUUAUUCUUUCCAAGGUUUAUAUGUAAAAAGUGCAUACAAUAUCUGUUAUCGGUUCUGUUAUUAUAUAAUUUGUUCGCUACAUCAAGUGUUAGAGCCCGAAACGAAAGUUCCUUUCCUAUAAAAUAGGAAAAUAAAUAAAAAAGCAGGAUACGACAAUUAAAGCGUCUCUUGCUUAAAAACUUGUCAAAAAGGCAAGUGAAAUAAUAUACUAUAUUUUUUAUACAUAUAUGAUGCGUGCGUCAUAAUUGGCACGAUAAUUACCACCACCCACCUUCAUCGCCACUAUAAAUAGUACAGAGGUUCACAUCCCAUACCCUUGGCCCUGGCUAUUGAUUUUGUUGUUGCACGUGAUGCCAAGACAAAAACUCAAUAAUCUAUGUAAGCGCACAAGUCCUCAUUUCAUUGGAACCUUAUAUUAUGCAAGGCGGCAAUAAAAGUGUACAAUAUACUUUAUCUAGUUGUAGACGCCAUACAUAAAAAAUACACAUAUACAAAGAUAUUCAUAUGGUAGUGGCACUCGCUAGUGAUAAGCACAAUUAGUUGUUAGUUAUUUACACUGCUGCCCAGAAGUUAUGUUUGGCGCCUUUGUGCACCCGCCGCUGAAGACUGCGGCGGCGAUGAUGACGAUGACGUCAAAAAAUCGAAAACUCAAUUAUCAAUUUUUAAAUUUUGGACGAGUCGCGGUAAUGUUUAGUCAUAGUGCAAGCAGAAGUUCGAGUGCUGCAGUCUCUCGAUACCAACAGCAGCAACAAACAUCACAGCAACAACAACAACAACUAUUACAACGACGAAACCCACAAAGACAACAUCUACGAUUUAAACAGGAACUGCUCCGCUGCACCGCUCGGGAUCAAAGUGGCAAAUCAACUUGUCGAGGAAUACACACGGAGCCAUUCAGUCAGUCAGUCAGUAUGUUCUAUUCAAUGUACGCGUACCUGUCGCACCUGCCGCGCCUGCACGCCCUCGGCAUAGCCGUAUUUGCCUAUGUCAUCUAUUACCUCAUCCAGGUGGUAAAGCGUCCGAUCAUUGCCUGCGCCGAGGGUCCGUUCAAGCAGUAUCUUUUCAAGAAGAUGCCCACGCUGGAGCACAAAUAUUGGCCGACCUUCUGGUGUGUGGAGAGCCGGGCACAGACUGUACUUGCGAGCCUGCUGCGCUCCAAGAGUUUGCCCCGUGUCGAUUAUCGACGUGAAAUACUCAGACUGAAGGAUGGCGGAGAGGUAGCGCUGGACUGGCUAGAAGAAGGCUGUGACGAGCGGGCUCCUUGUGUUCUGAUAUUGCCUGGUCUGACGGGCGAAUCGCAGGCAGAGUAUAUUAAGUGUCUGGUGUUUGCUGCCCAGCAGGCAGGCAUGCGUGUCGUUGUCUUCAAUAAUCGAGGCCUGGGCGGCAUAGAGCUGAAGACGCCGCGUCUCUACUGUGCCGCCAACUGUGAAGAUCUGUGCGAGGUGGUGCAUCAUGUGCGUCGCACAUUGCCCCUCAAUUGUAAGCUAGGCGCCACAGGCAUAUCCAUGGGUGGUCUAAUACUAGGCAACUAUUUGGCCAGGAAGAGUGAUGAGGCACGUACAAAUCUGUCGGCAGCCAAAAUAAUAUCCGUGCCCUGGGAUGUGCACAAAGGUAGUGCCAGCAUUGAGAAGCCGGUCAUCAAUAAUCUGUUAGGGCGUCAUCUUGCUGGCAGUCUGUGCCGCACACUGCGUAACCAUUUAGAGAUAUACAGAGAUAUAUAUCAGGAUUCCGAAAUUGACAUACAACGGAUAUUGCGAUGCAAGACCAUCAAGGAGUUCGAUGAGCUGUUUACGGCCAAACAGUUUGGUUACGCGCAUGUGAAUGAUUAUUACACGGAUGCCACGCUGCAUAAUAAGCUAGAUCAUAUUUGUGUGCCGUUGCUUUGUUUGAGUGCAGCGGAUGAUCCGUUUCAGCCACUGGACGCGAUACCGAUCAAAGCAGCCAAUCAGUGCACUCAUGUGGCCAUCGUAAUAACCGCACGCGGUGGACACAUUGGUUUCCUCGAGGGCUGGUGGCCAUCGACCAAGGAUCAGUACAUGUGCCGGCUCUUUACCGAGUAUUUUACCAAAGCAUUGUACGAUGAGGAUGGUGAAUUCGAGCGAGCCUCAAAUAAGAUGCACGAACGCUUCUUAGCCAAGCAAACUGUGCAGCUGGCCGCGACUCUGAACGCGCCGUCAGCUGCUGUCCUAGUGAAUCAACUGGAGCAGCACAAGCUGAAGCUAAUGUGAAUCAGCUACAACUCAAUGUCAAUUAAAACCGACAGCAUAUUUAUAUAUUUAUAUAUAUAUAUAGAAGUGAAAUACGUGUGUAGCAGAGACCAGCUGGAGGACUUGUGAUAUGAAAUUUGAACAAAAUCUAAAGUGUUAUUAACCCAAAAAACCUAAAAAAAA